UCGAAUCGCAAAGAACUAACCCAAGAACGCAAAAGCCACACCAAAAGCCCAGUGAAAGUCGAAAAGUGUUUGAAAGUGAAAAUGAAUCUACUCAUGGAUAGCUUGCCGUCGCAUGCGAAUCCCGGCCAGCGUCGCUCUACGCCGCCCCAGCACGCCGAGCUUAGGAUCUCCACAUCGCCACAACAAUCUCCCCAGCAAAAUUCAACGACAAAUCACAACAACAAUAAUGAGACACCCACAUCACCAGCUGGUGGAAAGACCACUCUGAAACGAGCCUUUGAUGUCGCCUUUCUGAUGAUGCCCGAUGAGCGGAUCAAGCAGAAGCAGGCCGAGAAGCAGGCACGUCUCCAGGAGGCACUGCAUCAUCAUCACCAUCAACAGCAGCAGCAGCAACACCAACAGCAGAUUAGUCACUAUCCCACAGAUUUGUCUCCUCGAGGAGCUCCUUCACAACCACCAUCCCCGGCGGCAUUGGAGUAUAUCAGUCUUUUGGAGGCACGCCAGCGAUAUCCUCAGAUCAGCAUUCGUUCCCCGAGGGUCUAUGAUGAUCCCAGUGUGAUUAUACCCCUUGUGGAUUCACCGGAGGCCCCGUCAACUUCUUCUCCACCACCGCCCAUGCGAAGUGCUUUCACCAAAGUCGCCUCCUCGUCGCUGUCCACUGCAUCAUCUUCUCCAUCAACAACUUCCCGAAUAGAAUCACCCGUGGAUGUUGGAGCCCCACCUUCGAGCCCCGAUCAGCUAAGCUGUCACUCGAUGAGUCCGCCAUUGGUAACGCCACCGCCAAGAACAAACAGUGGUGGCCAGAAUCCAAAUCCCCUGCCAGCCAAUCCCAUUGUGUACCACAACUUCCGGCCGGAGUAUCAGUUCAACGGCGCCUUCCAGGCGGUCAAUCCAAUGCAGGCCUUGCAGGCGCAGCAGCGACUCAAGCAACAGCUGCUUUAUACUCGACCUCCUGGACCGGGGAAUCCAAAUGCUGGAGGAGCUCCUAUGCCAGGAAAUUCACCACCUGGACCACCGUCGGAGUUUCUUCACGCCUAUCCGGGAUUUGCUCCGCCACCACAUCCAUUUGCAGUGUCUCAACCUUUGCAAAAUCCGGCUGCAGCUGCCAUACUCUCCACGCUGAUACCACCCACUCUGGCAUCCACCUUUACACUGACCGCUCAAAACGUAUGCGCCAAGUGCAACAUAAGUUUCCGGAUGACCAGCGAUCUGGUGUAUCAUAUGCGAUCCCAUCACAAAAGCGAGGUGGCCUGCGAUCCGAAUCGCCGCAAAAGGGAGGAGAAACUGAGAUGUCCCGUGUGCCAAGAGACUUUCAGGGAGCGUCACCAUCUAACCAGGCAUAUGACUGCCCACCAGGACAAGGCCAGUGAUCAUCAGCCUCAGCUGGAUGACUCAUCCUCUUCCGCCGGAGAUAACGAGAUCAUCAACGUGGUCGGAGGAACACCACCUGGUCGCAGAAUGGGUGGCAUGUCCAAAUGAUCGAAGCAUUUCUUCGGAUAUUUUUAAGGCAUCAUCUCCCCAAAGAACCCGUUGGUUUAACCCAUAAUACCCCGUUUUCGAUUGUGAUAUUAAUUUUAGUUUCCCCCACGCUCCGAUUUCAGUUCCCUUAGCCUUAAAUGUAGUGCAAUUUGUAUCUUAAAUAUGUAACUCGAUCUCCCUGUAUCUCAAUAAAUUCUCUGUCUUAUGCAGGAGACCCGAAAGGGUGUCUAGUUUGAUCAUUGUAAGAUAUUAUAGUCAUCAUAAGUUGCAGAUCUGCUAAUAUUAGCAUUCAAUGUGUGGCUGAAUGUUUCAAUAAAAA